UUGUACUUUCGACAUCAUCUUGAAAGCAGUCCUGGAGAUGUAUACUUGUAAAGUAUAUCUACUCGUAUUUCUGAUUCGAUGUUCCGAAACGUCGUCAUCUUCAGAUUUCGGUAUCUUCAAGGAAGAAUAUCUCAAUCCAAAUAGUGUGGAUUACAGAAAGGCUUCAGGACGGUGGUAUGAACACAUGGAUACGCUAAAUAACACAAUCAGAGACAACACUUUUGCGGAUAUGUAUGUUGUUUGUGGUGAAAGAGUUAAAGUAGUGCAGAUCAUUCAUCGAUGGAUUUCGUCUGUAGAAGAGUGUCGUACCAAAGCAAUAGUAUUUAAUCCCAAAACAUCUCAUUCACCCGAGGGAGUGCUCAUCCGAAUAUCCACAAAUGAUACCGUAGGAAAGACGACAGUUCUAUAUUUUGAUCCUCAUCCAACUGAGGGGAUUCUUGUCAUGCAUCGACAAACACAUCUCCCUGACAGUUACUUCAUAAUAUGUCGCCAGAGGGAUCCCCGUGACGUCGACGAAGUUAUCAAGCAGGUUCUGCGGUCUCUUCGUCUGGAUAUUGGGGACUUCUUUAAGAAAUCAAAGGACUUCGGUUGUGAAAGGAGAGAAGAGAAUGGGAUUAAGCUGUAAAUACAAUGUAACAAAUAAAAUGUAGCUUCAGUCUACAUGCCGAACCA